UGCCAUGAAACAUUUAUUUCGAAAACUCCGUAGCGGAAGUGUGUGGCACGAUUUUGAAAUAGGUGAAGCUGCUUUGGAGUGUGUAGCGCACCGGGUCUUGUUAACCACAACACAAGGGAGACGUUUUUUUUCUUUUUUUUCUCUUCUUUUUUUCUUCUUUUUUACCCCCUCCUCUCUCUCCGGCAAUAUAGCAGAUUUAAUUCCAUCUCUUCCCGCACGAAUACAGAGUUGAAACCAUUCUCUGGCCAGGGAGUCCCUUUUUAAUAUAUUUUUCGAGGGGUUUUGUUGUUGCGCCGGGGCCACUUGACACGAUUUCUCUAAGUCGUUUGUUUGUUUGGAAUAUGGCUCAGUCCAAUCCUGUCGCCAGUUCCCAGAAAGCACUCAUGCUGGAGAUGAUGAGUCUCCAGGACGAGCCGGUGGAGGGCUUCAAAAUCACUCUGGUCAACGAGUCGGACAUGUACAACUGGGAAGUGGCGAUAUUCGGACCGCCGAACACGCACUACGAGGGCGGAUAUUUUAAGGCCCUGCUCAAGUUCCCAGUAGACUACCCGUACUCUCCACCUUCUUUCCGUUUCCUCACCAAAAUGUGGCAUCCUAACAUUUAUGAGAAUGGAGAAGUGUGCAUUUCGAUCCUGCACCCGCCAGUGGACGACCCCCAUAGUGGCGAGUUGCCGUCAGAGCGGUGGAACCCCACACAGAAUGUCAGGACCAUCCUGCUCAGCGUCAUCUCCCUGCUUAACGAGCCCAACACCUUCUCCCCGGCCAACGUGGAUGCCUCCGUCAUGUACCGUAGGUGGAGGGAGAGCAAGGGCGAGGACCAGGAAUAUAUUGACAUCAUCAGGAAGCAGGUGCUAGCCACCAAAAGCGAAGCGGACCUCGAUGGCGUCAAGGUUCCCGUCACGCUGGAAGAGUACUGCAUCCGCACCAAAGUGCCGCCCACGGACGACGGCUCCAACCUGCUGUACGACGACGACUACUUUGAUGAAAACGGCAUGGAGUUCAGAAGCGACUCCUACCGGGACAUUUGCCUUGAUGACGACAACUCGGACUUUGACGACUACUACUGAUCAUUUACCUUCCUGUCACGUGCACUCACCAAUGUUUUCUUUUUCUUUAUUUUUUUGUUUGUCGGUGACGCAUCAACAGAGCUCCAGUUGUCUUAUCCCCCCCCCCGCCUAAAUCUUCUUCAAUCUGCCCCAUCAUCAUCAGGGAAAAUGAGAGGUGCGAUGAGAUUGAGCCAACUGUGCAAUUGUGCGUGAGAAGCCCUGCCACGUUUUGGGGCAAAAUCCCUCUCGUGCCUUCCGUGCCUCCAUUUUACCCCCAGCUGUUUGCUGGGUACGCAACUCGCAAGAUGGAGGAGUUUGUGUCCUGCUUUGAAGUCGCUCGUAUUUGAAGCAAACGUCUGUCUGAUGCCUUCAUGAAAGCCAGCACUGUAAUCGCAACAUCCUCGGACACGUUCUUCCCGUGACUGCGAUUCUCUAGCAUGGCAGAGUUGAUCCUCCUUUUUCCAAACUUGCUCGGGUUUCCCAAGCUUACUAAAAUAAUGAACACAUUGCUAUGAAACAGUGUGCCCGUUUGAUGGUCAAUAAAGUACUGAAAGAUAAAAAGACCCAUUUUAGAUACCGUUAGUUUGGGAAACCCUGAUGCUUGGUCUCAUUUUCUUUUUUUUUUUUUUUUUUAUUAAAUGUAGAAGGGGGUGGCUUUUCCUGUUAAAGCUUUCCUACUUGGUGUUUUGAUGCAAUGUUUCUUGUCGUUUCAUUUGUCAAGGCCAUUCAGCCCAUUGUUUGAGCACAGACACCAACUAGAGAUCCAAUACCCGAUGUUUAUUGCAAUAACCUAAACAAGCCGCAUUGUUUGAGCGCAGACACCAACCAGAGAUCCAAUACAAGAUGUUUAUUGCAAUAACCUAAGCAAGCUGCAAUUUUAUUCAAAAUGCAAGGGACGCCUCAGGGGUAAAAAAACAAAAACAUCCCUCUUGCUCACUUUCUGACUUCAUGCACUAUAUACAAUCUGCCUUGUGCAUGUGGAUAUUGUUAAUGAUCACUUGUUUGUUUCUAUGUGCCCUGCGAUUGGCUGGCGACCGGUUCAAGGUGUACUCGGCCUCUCGCCCGAAGAUAGCUGGGAUAGGCUCCAGCAGCCCUGGCCCGUGUGAGGAGAAGCGGUACACAAAGUGGAUGGAUGAAUGGACUUUAUUUUUUUUCUUAGUUUGUAUAUUUAAAAAAAAAAAAAAAAAAAAAAAAAACCUGAAAUAAAGAUCUUUAGAUUUGAAUUAUUGGUUGAAAGUAGGACUAGUGCUAUGGAAUAUUUUUAGAAUCGAAUCUUAUCAACUAUUCCAAUGAUUUAAUGGUAUACAAUGGUAUUAUUUUGCAUUGUUUAUUGCCCACAAAAAAUCCGAUAACUGUUUAUCAACUUGUUAUUUUGGUACUUUUUAGUGAUUAAACAAAACCACGUAACCAAUAUCACACGAGAAGGAGUUACGUUGUACUCGCCAACCUUUUUGAAAGUGAGAUCCGAUAACUUUAUCAACUUGUUAUUUUGGUACUUUUUAGUGAUUAAACAAAACCACGUAACCAAUAUCACACGAGAAGGAGUUACGUUGUACUCGCCAACCUUUUUGAAAGUGAGAGCCACUUCUUGGGUAAUGAUUAAUGCUACUACUUUGAUAAACACUUCUGAAGCUGCUACCAAUUUGUCAUUUACAGGUUCAUACUACGGUGGCAAAUAUUUUCAUCAUAGAUUAAACUGACUUAUUUUUCCAUGUGAAUUUAUUACUGGUUGGGUCGAUAACGUCAGAAAAUAGGCAAAUGUGUUUCCCAAAGUGAGUCUGUUUAAUUCAAAAUAAAAGUAAUCUGUCCGCUUUCAAGCAUGACUACAGAAAUCGGAAUAUUUACUGUUGAGAGACUACAAUGAGGAUUUGUACAAGUUGAACAAUCGAUUAUCAAAAUAGUUGAUUAAAUUGAUAAUCGUCGAUUUAUUACUGCACCACUAGAAAGAGUUGCUGUGAUUUGUAUGCUGGAAGGUAAGUUUCAUUUCUUGUUUUUUGUUUUGGAUUCCAUGAGCAUUAAAGUGAUCCCCUCGUUUUUUUUUUUUUUUUUAAUUUAGGUUGGUUAAUUCUCGUUCUCUUUUGUGUAGGGUGACUGUCCUGGGUGAAUUCUGCCUAAAGCUUCGUGUCGGCUGCAUGGGAUAGCCACAGCAUCAUCGGCAUAGGGGGUGUUAAAUGUGCUUUUGAAAAGGAGAAGCAAAACUGGUAAGAUAGUCAAGGUUUAUAAUAUUUUCCCCCUCAAAUUGGCUGACCUGUAGAAGACAGACAUUAUUUUAUGACUAUGAGGUACAUCAGCACAAUCUAAUUAGCAUACCAAAUCCAAUACAUCCAUUUUCUAUCACACUCAUUGAUUGUGCGCUGGCACAUAUCCCAUCUAUUAGGCGAAACCCUACUUGAGCUGUUACGUCAGUUCCAAAAGCCCAUCUGAAUUCUCCACACUAGUUUACGUACUUGGUUCGCUCACAAGCAAACCUGGGGUGUAAUUGUGCGCUUAUAUUCAAAGUCUAGAUGUUUUUUUUUAAGACAAUGAGUGAAAAUAGUGAGAUUAGAUACAUUUGUGUAGGCUUGUUUUGUUGUUAGAAUCGAUCGCUGUAACGCCGCCUUAGGGAGAGCAGCCACUUGAGGUAAGCAAUUCAUUUUUGCAAGUUUUGCCAGCGGUUUGUUGGAUUGACUGCGUCACUCACCUUUGAAAAACAGUUUUGUAAGAUGACCUAAAGUAGGCUUUAGCUUUUAUUAACUUUUUGUUUGAUCAGCGGUGUCAUGUGACCGCAGACUUUGAUGGGCACUGCUGACUGUCAGCAGGGCGCCACGGUCAUACUAUUAGGCUUGAACGAUCGAAAAAGGUUUUGGACGGUGACGUGACACAGGCACUUGAUUUAGUCACAUCUUAAAGGCUUUUGGGACGGCCAUGGAGGCUCGGAUGACUGCGACUUUGAUGUGCACGGCUUGAGGACUUUGAUUUGCAUGGCCGGACAUUGAAAUGCAAGACUUUACAUCGUGAUGUAUGACCUAUUUUAAUCAUUGACCAUGUAUUUUUUUUUUUUAGCAUAUUAAAUUAGCAAUUGAAUGUAAACUUGGGGUGCUAUGGCUGUUGUGUUCAUGACAGAGUGCAAAGCAACGGGGCUAUGAUUGAUUGGGUUGACAAGGCCUUCAUGUGGCAUCUGCCGCCACGUUGCUAUCAUUUUAACCGAUGAUUGUGAUUUUAUAACAAAUAACAGAAGUGUUUCACACUUUACUACAAAUAAAAAAUGAAUAACUUUUUUUUUAAACAACAAAUCUUAGCUGUCACAAUUGUAUGUAAUCUCAUAUGCAUGUCGGCAACCCAGGGCUGUAGUUCUUUCAUUCAACUAUUUAAUUUGACUGUAAUCAUGAUGUACCACGUGUCCAGUCAGUGUAGUUGUACAUGUGUUGGGAUGCGAGUGUGAGGAGUGCGUAGGAUGACAUCAGUGCUCUCCAGUCAUCCCGAUGAUGAUGAUGAUGAUGAUGAUUGGGAUGGUGGAGACCUUAAAAGGAUUUCCUGACGCUUUCCUCACAUGAACACAAAGUGUUUGUUUGACGUCCUACUGCCUCCAGGGGGCAGUAUCAGCUCGUAUGACAAAAGUCUGUUUGAAACUCGUCGUUAUGUUUUUGUCUCCCGUUUGUUUUGGAAUUGCACAGAUUGAGUGUUCUACAAUCAACUGGACUGGCAGGUAGGUAGAUCUUUUCUUUUUGUCCUUUUAUACUUUUAGGGGGGUUUUAUUCGGUCUUUUUUUAAAGCUAUGCUUGACCCUCCUACAGGCAAUGUUUGAGUAGUAAUGAACUGCUGCUACAAUUUGCAUAAUAGAUUGUACUAGUUUUACGAUGGCUGAGUCAAACAUGAGGUUUUGGGGGGGGGAUUUUUACAUUUAUACGUGUAUACAUAUGUGUGUUUAUGUUAGUAAAAUGAUUGUAUGUGUGUUUAUGUUAGUAAAAUGAUUGUGUGUCAUUCAUA